AUGCAGUACAACCAAUGUGCGUCGUUAUGCUUGGUCGCACUUGUCUUGGCACAAGCUGCGGCCUUACCACAGCAUCCUCAGUAUACACAGCAAUAUCCACAGCAAUACCAACAACAGCAGGUCAGAGAAGAAAGAAAAUUUGCAGAGAAGCCGAACGCGAUGAAGAAGGUAGCGAUCGAUGAUCUCGAGGACAUCAGUACUAAUCAGAUUCAGGAGGGUGGCAGCGGUUUCUCGUGGUCAAACAUGUUGGGGAUGCUGAUGCAAAUGCUGUUAGGUCAAACCGGCGGUGCGACUGGACCGAGUAAGAACGAGAUAGACGAUGGCACAACGGCGAGUCCAUGGACCAACCUGCUUUCCGUGGGUCUUCGAGUACUCACGGCGCUGUUGGGUGGACCCCAGCAACCUGUGGAUGGCAUCGAUAAAGUGGACAAUCAAAGCAGUCCCAUGCAGGAAAUUUUGACUGCGGUGCUGGGCGCAUUUCUAGGACAGGGCAGAGAUCCUGGACAGAUUGCUGUAAUGGCGAAAAAUGCUUCCGAGUUUAUCAGCAUAGUCAUCAACCUGCUGGAUGCCCUGAAAACGUCGUUUUCUCAUCGUUCUUUGACAGCCCGCUCGCUCGGUAGGCGUGACACUGUAUCCGAAGCCGCAAUAGCGUCGAUCUCGAUGCUGAAGGGCUACAUGAGGUCUGUCAAGUCCUUCAGCUACGUAGGUCGUGCCGAAGAGGAGGGUCAGCGCGGCUGCGCCGAAAGGGCUCUUUGCGAGGCCAGUGCAGAGUGUAUCGCUGAUACGCAAGGUCCGUCGUCGAUCUUCUGUCAGCUUGGAUCGUACGCAACGAGUUAUCUCCUGCAAAGGCAGAGCGGCGUCGGCUUCGAAGCACUGUACGAGGCAGGACGACGCGGUCGCACGGGCGAAGACUGCAGAACUCUCUUCUUGGAUUGCAAUGCUGUAUGA